UCCAUGUCUCUCUCUCUCCCGGUGUGUGUGUGUGUGUGAGUGUGUUGGUUUUAGUUCCGUGUUCCCCGAGGGGCUGGAUGAGUCUUCACGGCGUGUCUAGUACCUUUCAAGCCACUGCAGAGAUCGGUUGGGCGCGGGGAGCAUCUUCCUCCUCCUCCUCCUGCUCCUGCUCCUCCUCCUGCAGCUCCUCCUCCUCCUACUCACUCAGUCGCUUCGCCGGGACCGACACUGGACCAUGCUCACGCGGGUGAAGUCUGCGGUGGCCAGCUUCAUGGGAGGCGUGAUGGCCGGGGGCGCCAACGGUGAGCACCCAGGCGGCGGCGGGGGCUCGGACCUGCCGCUCCGGUUCCCGUACAGCAGACCGGAGUUCCUGGGACUCUCGCCGGACGAGAUCGAGUGCUCGGCGGAUCACAUCGCGAGACCUAUCCUCAUCCUGAAGGAGACCAAGCGGCUGCCGUGGUCCACCGGCUACGCAGAAGUGAUCAAUGCAGGGAAGAGCACAUUAAAUGAGGACCAGGCCUGCUGUGAAGUGCUGAUGGUGAAAAGGAGACCGGCAGGAAGCAGCACACCCAACCGGACCCCCCAGACCCGCAGGAGGUCCUCCCUGCCCAACGGAGAGGGCCUGGGUCCACAGGAGAACCAGCCCACCAGUACUUCACCGAGCCCUACCGAGAGCCUGCAGAAAACCAAUGACGGCUCUGAGGACCUAACCUUCCACUAUUGGGCGUUGUUCGAUGGCCACGCCGGCUCCGGGGCAGCUGUCAUGGCCUCCCGCCGGCUCCAUCACCACAUCGCCAUGCACCUUCAGGAGGUGAUGGAGGUCCUCUGCACACCGAACCUGCUGCCACCCACAUGCCUGGGCGAGGAGCCCAUCAAUCACCAUCUCACCCCCACAUCCCAACGCGCCCUCACCAGGGCUGCGUCUCUCCGGGGCGCUGCAGGCGCUCCGGGGUCACCCAGCACGCCACCCACACGCUUCUUCACCGAGAAGAAAGUUUUGCAGGAGAGCCUGGUGAUCGGAGCCAUCGAGAAUGCCUUCAAAGACAUGGAUGUGCAGAUUGAAAAGGAGAAGGCAGUCUACAACAUCUCAGGUGGCUGCACUGCUCUGGUGGUCGUGUAUGUACUUGGGAAGGUCUUCGUUGGGAACGCAGGGGACAGCAGAGCGAUCAUCAUCCGAGCCGGGGAAGUCAUCCCCAUGUCAGCAGAGUUCACACCAGAGUCAGAGAGACAGCGACUCCAGUUCCUGGCGUACAUGCAGCCCCACUUAUUAGGGAACGAGUUUACACAUCUGGAAUUCCCCAGGAGAGUGCAAAGAAAAGAGGUCGGCAAGAGGAUGUUGUACCGUGACUUCACCAUGUCAGGAUGGGCAUAUAAAACCAUCGAGGACGAUGACCUCAAGUUUCCCCUGAUAUACGGCGAAGGGAAGAAGGCUCGGGUGUUGGCGACCAUCGGCGUCACAAGAGGUCUCGGCGACCACAAUCUCAAAGUGCACGACUCCAACAUCUACAUUAAACCCUUCUUGUCCUGCUGCCCUGAGGUCAGAGUUUACCCGUUGACACAGUGCGAGCACGGAGCCGACGACGUCCUGGUGCUAGGGACAGACGGUCUGUGGGACGUCCUCUCCAACCAGGAAGCAGCUGAAGCUGUCACCUCUUUCCUGUCAAACUGUGACCCCGACGACCAACACAGGUACACGAUGGCAGCUCAGGACCUCAUCAUGAGAGCACGUGGCGUGCUGAAGGAUCGCGGCUGGAGAAUAUCCAACGACAGAUUAGGCUCCGGAGACGACAUCUCCGUCUACAUCAUCCCCCUCAUGUACGGCAACAAGCCGAAUUAGCAGAGCGACUGAAACUGCAACACGGCACCGACAUAUUCUGAAUCCUGCCUUGAACUCCCAAAUUUCACUUCUGCAGUUUCCCUCAUUCCCUUGUGCUCCGUUUUUAAAAGUGCUUUAAGUAUGGACUUCCUCUCUCUCUUGAGGGACCCGACGUUUCACUGGUCAGAGCUGGAAUUUCGGCCCAGACCAGUUUACCCCCGUUAAUCAUCCGAGGAUGAUUUUCCCACCUCUUUUAUUCUCGUCUUCUUUUUAUAGAUAGAAAAACUACUGGACGGCUACCUGCUGAAUCGUGAAAAGCUGAACUAGAAAUUUCUCCUCCCCUUAAUCUUGGAAAAAUACUUUAUUUCACCGAGGAAGCCAUCUGGAAAACCGGGAUGGUUAUAUACAUCUCAGGAUCGCUGUUACCAACUAAUGCACAAUAUUUAUAAAUGUGAACUUGUAAAUACUCCCAGAGGAUGUAACACAUUUGAUAAGUGUAUUUGGAUGAGCACCUGUACAGUGUAAAAAACUAGCCUGAGGACUGAUGUCAUGUAUAUAUAUGGAUUUUACCUCCUCUGUUCCAUGUAGACGUUUUAAUGUAGCCAGGUUCAGCCAUCUGCGAUAAUCUGUUACGGGAAUGGGGGAAAAAAACUUGUAAACGUUCUUCAGAUUGUACAUCAGCUGUUUCUUCUAAUGCUGCAUUUAUGAUUCCUGCUUAUUUGUACCCCUAGCAUUGAAAUACUGAACUCACUAUUAAGGAAAAUGGAGUAACAAAAUGUUUGUGAAGAAAACAAACAGGAGGUUUGUACCCUGCUUCCAUCAUCUCGUUGCACUGUUCAAUGUAGGCCCGCGUUUAAAUCCAUUUUGAUUUCAGAAGGAAAAAAAAGUCAAAGUCUUUUUCGGUUGCACUUUUUCACCAUCAGCCAUCUACCUCAUUCGUCUGUUCUCGUCGCCCUCCUCCAGUGGCUGUUUGCACACUACGUCCACUGCAUCCUCAGCUGCUGCCUGUGCCAUUAUUAACUGACAUUCCCAUUUUUGCUUCUGUAGUUACAAUAUUUUGUUAAAAAAUAAUGUAUUCUGAAAAGCAUUAAAUCAAAAACUACAAUUACCGUCCUGCAGUUGUAUGCCUCUGCUGCCCCGUACAGUUUCCGUCCCUCCAGGUGUUCCUGACAUAUUUCAUUCACAAUACCUUGAGGUCACAGUGAUCUUUAUCUUUUAAGCCCUGAAAUCUAAUCAAUGAAUCUUUGCGUUGAGUGACAGCUGGUCAAAGUUUGAAGAAAUUCCUAAAGCCAGACUUGAGAUAUCUUGAGGUAAAUCGAUGUUUUGUGAGGCCAACUGUGACCUUGACCUUUGACCACCCAAAUAAAAUCAAACCAAGUGAACGUUUGUGCCAAAGUUGAAAGGAUUCUCCAAAGGCAUUCUAGAGUUCUAGAGAAAAAUGGUUUUGUGAUGUCACCUUGAACUUGAAUCUUCAACCACUAAAUUCAUGAAUUAAUACUUUUAAUUACUUUUUGUACCACAUUUGAAAUAAUUCCUGGAGUUGUUCCCACGGCGUUCACAAGAUAAAAUAUGUGUGAUGUGGGGGUCACAGUGACCUUGGCCUCUGACCUUCAACCAAAACAUUCUAAUCAGUCCAUCGAUGAGUGCAACUGAACAUUUGUACCAAAUUUGAAGAAAUUCACUCGAGGCGUUUCUUCGAUAUUUUGUUCACAAGGACGCAACAUAUGAGGCAAUUAAACGAAGAAAAAGUCGUGCAGGUCCCUCCGAAGCUGCUUUCAGACAUGCACUGGACUCCGCAGCUCCUCCGUACACCGCGAGCAGGUUGAUGACGCUUCUAACAUGCUACAGACGCAAAAAUGAAAAAACACAAAAAAAAAACAAAUAUCUCCCGGUAAAGAAAGCAUAGAAGACACAGACGAAGAUGUCAAGAGAGUUACAGGUGAUAAGAGCUGGCACCGGUGUCGAGGUGAUGUAAUCGUUAUCACGUGAUCUCGGCAGCGGAGUUAAUAUGUCACUUCCUGUCUCUGUCGGCUGCCCCACCUCUCGCCUGAGUAAAACCCCGAGGAUUUGUUGCUGUUGUGAACGUGUCUGUGCAGAGAACCUCCUGCUGUUUUGUGCUUGUGUAAAAGGCAAACUGCGGGUAAAGACAGUAGCCAGUUCUCAUCAUGUCUGAAAACGGCUUAACAGUGACAAAUGCCGACUGUAACGUGUCUGUUGAAAGGAAGUAUAGAUACGAUAUUCCAACCCUGAUUCAGUUGUUUCCCACAUUUCCCUUCAAUUAUUUGUACUUUUCAGCUUCUGUAUGAUUGUGUCUUACCUGCUGUACGAGCUGUUGAAGCUGGUGAAACAUGAGUAAGUUUAUUUAAAUGUAAAAAAAAUGUGAAUUCCUAUGGACUCUUUUCUCCUUUCUUUCACUGUAAGUGAAGCUGCAUCUCUAACAAAAACGUAAGACAGCAUUUGUAAAAAAUAGUAACAGUGUAAAACAAUUUCCUUUUCUGCUCUUAUUAAAAAACAUCUUGACCUUUUCUUUCAAA